AGCCAGCGAAAAGCUGCUAGUUCAUACGGGAUCCCUGAAUCUACGCUGCGUGGUCGGCUACGAGGUCAACAACCACACGCGACAGCUCAUCAGAAUCAACAGCGAUUGACUCCAGAGCAAGAAGCUUUUCUAGUCGAUUGGAUUCUUGAUGAGGACUCACACACAAAC